CCAGCCCAGCCCAACCCAACGCAACGCGUCGUCCUCUCUCCUCUCCUCUCCUCUCCUCUCCUCUGUGCUCUGCUCGCCGUCCGACUCUCACCAGCACAACACGACUACAAACGCCCGCAGCCGCAGUCAGCCUCUCUCUCCCUUCGAGCACCGCAAAUCCAUCCAACUCAAACCCAAUCCGACCGAUCCCGCAAAACCCUAGCGCCGUCGCCUCCCUCUCGGCUCCACACCGUCCUCUCCGUCCCUCGCCCACGCGCCGCAGAUCGCGGGGCCGUACAUCGCCCGCCGGGAGAUCGGAAUUCUUGUCUUUCUUUUCCCCCCUUGUGCGCUGCGGGUGGCGAUGGCGGGCGGCGGGGGUAGCCGGCGCGGCGGCGGCGCGGCGGAGGAGCCGAAGAUCGGCAGCGGCAACGUGUUCGCGGCGCUCGAGACGCUCAAGAAGAAGAAGAAGAAGCCGGCGGCGGCGGCGGACAAGGGGGCGGCGGCCAACAAGCCCGCCGCCGCCGCCAGGGACAGGGAGGACCCCAAGCCGGAGGUCUUCUGGGCGCCCGCGCCGCUCACCGCCAAGUCCUGGGCCGACGUCGACGACGACGACGACGACGACUACUUCGCCACCACCGCGCCGCCUCCCAUGCCCGUCUGGGGGGACAACCACCGCGACGACGCCAAGGACCACCACGACGCGCCCGUGCUGGAAGAGGAGAUUGAGAGUGAAGAUGAUGGCCUUGAUGAUGAAGUUGAUGAUGAUGCCGAUGAGGACCAUGAGCAUGAAGCAGAAGAUGCUGUCCCUGCUGAACCAACUGUGAAGAAUGCUGCAGUUCCACCUGCACCACCCAAAGAUACUGAAAGACAACUUUCCAAGAAGGAAUUGAAGAAAAAAGAACUUGCUGAACUUGAUGCUGUUCUGGCUGAGUUGGGCCUUGGGACAUCAAACAAUUCCACUCAAGAUGAAUCUAAUGGUAAGAAAGGUGCUGAUCAAGCUGCAGAUGGAGAGAAAAAGGACGAUGCACCUGCUCCUCUAGAAAGCAAGAACUCAAAGAAGAAGAAAUCUAAGAAAGACAGGUCUUCAAAGGAGCCAAAGGAAGCGCAGGAUCAGGCCAAUGGAUUGGAAGAUGCAGCUGUUGCAGAACCUGAUGAAGAUACAGCUUCUGUGGAUGUCAAGGAGCGCAUAAAGAAGGUAGCCUCAAUGAAGAAAAAGAAGUCGAGCAAAGAGAUGGACGCUGCAGCAAAGAUCGCUGCAUCCGAGGCCGCAGCAAGGAGUGCGAGGCUUGCCGCAGCAAAGAAGAAAGAGAAGAGCCACUACAACCAACAGCCUGUGCGGUGAAAUCCCCUGGUUUUGGAUCUCUAGAAAACUUUUGAGCUCUGAUAUCCCCUUGUUCGUUUUGGACCUGCAAUAAACUUUUUGAGACUGUUUUUGACUUGGUGGAUGCUCGUUUUGGGAAUUAAAAUUAUAGUAGGUACAUAGGGGGGCUGUCUUGUCGCUGGAUUCUGGAUGGUGUAAUGAGCUCUGAACUGUUCGUCAUAUGAACCCUGCUGACUAUAUGGAAAAUAUGGGAUAUUCGAUACCUAUCCGGCUUGGUUGUC